UUAAUGACACUCUUUCCCUUACACAAUCAGGCAGUAGUGGAGUCAAUGGCUGAGCAGAACUAUACCACUGUGACAGAGUUCAUCCUCAUUGGCUUCACUGACCAUCCCAACUUGGUGGUUAUUCUCUUCCUGGUUUUUCUCAGUUUCUAUCUCAUCACCCUGAUGGGCAACAUGGGCAUGGUCCUACUGAUCUGCUUGGAUUCCCGUCUCCAUACCCCCAUGUACUUCUUCCUGAGCCACCUCUCCCUCCUGGAUGCUUGCUACUCUUCAGUCAUUGUUCCUCAGAUCUUGGUCACCCUGGUGACUGGCAAGACAAGUAUCUCCUACAUUUCUUGUGCUACUCAGUUCUUCUUUUUCACAGUCUGUGCUGGCACAGAGUGUUUUAUGUUAGCGGUGAUGGCCUAUGACCGUUAUGUUGCCAUUAGUAACCCUCUCCUAUACUCCUCAGCCAUGACACUGGGCACUCGUUGGGGCUUGGUGGCAGGGGCCUAUGGCGGUGGUUUGUCAGGAGCUAUCCUCCGCACAGCCUGCACAUUCACACUUUCCUUCUGUGGGCCCAACCAGAUCAACUUCUUCUUUUGUGAUCUCCCACCUCUGUUACAACUUUCAUGCAGUGACACCACCACCAGCCAAAUUCUGAUUAUUUUCUUCGGCAACUUUGUGAUUUUGGCCAAUGCUCUAGUGAUCCUGGUAUCCUACCUGUUUAUCAUCAGGGCCAUCCUACAUGUCAAGUCAGUUGGAGGCAGAGCCAAGACCUUCUCCACUUGUGCCUCCCACCUCACAGCUGUGAUGCUCUUUUUUGGGACCCUCACAUUUAUGUAUCUGCGUAGCAACUCAGGAAAAUCACUCGAGGAGGACAAGGUGGUGUCUGUUUUCUACACUGUGGUUAUCCCCAUGUUGAACCCUAUCAUCUACAGCCUGAGGAACAAGGAGGUUAAUGCUGCCUUCAGAAAGGUCAUCAAUAGAUUCCAGGUCUCCCAGAAGAUGUAA